AUGCAGCAAAUGAUAAUGAAUCAAACAGACAAGAAUCAACAGGAAGUCCCAUCAUACCUUCAUGAUGAACCACCAGAAGGUUCAUUAAAAGACCACCCACAGCAGCAGCCUGGCAUGCUUUCUCGUGUGACUGGUGGCCUCUUCAGUGUCACGAAGGGAGCUGUUGGUGCCACGAUCGGGGGUGUUGCUUGGAUUGGAGGGAAGAGCUUGGAAAUUACCAAAACAGCGGUCACAUCUGUGCCUUCAAUGGGAGUGGGGCUAGUCAAAGGAAGUGUUUCUGCUGUGGCUGGAGGUGUUACAGCUGUAGGAUCUGCUGUUGCAAGUAAAGUGCCUUUAACAGGAAAGAAAAAGGAUAAGUCUGACUAA